AGGAUCUUGGGGCAGUCAAAGAAGAACCAUGCGGUUCAUCCUGCCUUUGGGUUUGAUCGCUACCACCCUAGCAAUUGCUCCUGUCCGCUUUGACAGGGAGAAGGUGCUCCGCGUGAAGCCCCAGGAUGAAAAACAAGCAAAUAUCAUAAAGGACUUGGCCAAAACCAACCAGCUUGACUUCUGGUAUCCAGAUGCUAUCCACCACGUAGCUGCUAACAUGACAAUAGACUUCCGAGUUAGUGAAAAGGAAUCCCACUCCAUCCAGUCUGCCUUGGAUCAAAAUAAAAUGCACUAUGAAAUCUUGAUUCAUGAUCUGCAAGAAGAGAUUGAGAAACAGUUUGAUGUUAAAGAAGAUAUCCCAGGCAGGCACAGUUAUGCAAAAUACAAUAACUGGGACAAGAUUGUUGCUUGGACUGAAAAAAUGGUGCAUAAGCAUCCUGAAAUGGUCUCUCGUAUUAAAAUUGGAACCACUGUUGAAGAUAAUCCACUGUAUGUUCUCAAGAUUGGGAAAAAGGAUGAAAGAAGAAAGGCUAUCUUUAUGGAUUGUGGCAUCCAUGCACGAGAAUGGAUCUCCCCAGCAUUCUGCCAGUGGUUUGUCUAUCAGGCAGCCAAAACUUAUGGAAAAAAUAAAAUUAUGACCAAACUCCUGGACCGAAUGAAUUUUUAUGUUCUUCCUGUAUUCAAUGUUGAUGGAUAUAUUUGGUCAUGGACACAGAACCGCAUGUGGAGAAAAAAUCGUUCCAAGAACCAAAACUCCAAAUGCAUCGGCACUGACCUCAACAGGAAUUUUAAUGCCUCAUGGAAUUCUUUUCCGAGCACCAAGAAUCCAUGUAUGGAUACCUAUCGAGGCCCAGAACCAGAGUCCGAGAAAGAGACCAAGGCUGUCACUGAUUUCAUUCGAAGCCACCUGAAAUCAAUCAAGGCCUAUAUCACCUUCCACUCCUAUUCCCAGAUGCUACUGUUUCCCUAUGGAUAUACAUCAAAACUGCCAGCUAACCACAAGGACCUGACCAAAGUUGCAAAACUCGGCACUGAUGUUCUAGCAACUCCAUAUGAAACCCGCUACAUCUAUGGCCCAAUAGCAUCAACAAUCUACCCGACAUCAGGUUCUUCUUUAGACUGGGCUUACAACCUGGGCAUCAAACACACAUUUGCCUUUGAACUCCGAGAUAAAGGCAAAUUUGGUUUUCUCCUUCCAGAGUCUCUGAUAAAGCCAACCUGUAAAGAGACCUUGAUAGCUGUUAAAUUUAUUGCCAAGUAUAUCCUCAAGCAUGCUUCCUAAAGAAGUGGCCUCGGUUUGGAAUGAGCCAAUUAAUCCUUUUUUGUGCCUUUUACCAGAAAGUCAAUCUUCAAUUAUCCUGAAAUAUAAGGUUCCACAUUACGUGAAUAGGUCCCUCUCUUGCUCACUUAAAUCCUAUGUUAUUUCUUUUUGCUUUUAUUUACUCUUAAUAGCAUCUUAACAAAUAGCUUUAAGUGAAAGCUUUCAACUUCCUUUCUUUGCUCCAAAUGAAGUUCAAACCCAGCAAAAAGUAUAUUUUGAGUAUUUCAAAACAUGAUAUACAGUUGGUCACAGAAAAGAAAUGAGAGCCUUAGGUUUCUCCAGAAUCAGAUUUUCCAUAUGGCUUCAUCAUUUCAUGUACUUAUAUAAUAAAAUAAACUGUAUUCCAAAAUGCAUCUUCUGUUUUUUGAUAAACUAUACUCUCCACAUUUCUCUAUUAGCAUUAAUAAUCAAGCAUUAAUGUGUCUCAUGCAGUCUGUUAAUAAGAAAUAGUAUCUUCAAUUCAAAAACAUACUUUGCCUGCAUAUAUAUUUCUUUUUAACAGAAGGAGACAUUGUUUAUAUCUUCACAAUAGCAAAAGGAUGUCCUAACAGGAAAUAAAGUGGUUCAUAUAGAGAUGAAUCUCAGUGCUUCAAACAAUUAAUCCAGUUCUCUUCAACAUGACAUACAUUAAAUACAAAAUAGUUUAAUUUAACCUGCCAUAAUCCAAGGAAACUACCUGCCAAAACAUUUCUUGGUAGUUACUGACACAGCCAAGACAGUCUGGUCACAUGUGAGCCCUGCCCUCAUAAUAGAUGGGAAAUAAAGUCUGGAAAUAUAGUACAAGUGUAAGAGAAAAAGUCAUGUUGACCAAGGACAAUCAGAGUAACUUAAACUUUUAUAUUGCUUAUAGUCCUGUUGUUUAAGAUAGAGUUACAAAAUAUCUCCCCCUACCCUGCCUCCAGCACCAUGAUUUUUCAAUACCUCAUCAUAUGACUCCAGCAGUAUCUACAUUCUAGAAUUUGAGGGACAAGUAAAGAGUUCCUUGACUUCCUAUAAACUGACUUCUCAUAACACUGAACAAAAUUUUUGAAGAUCCUCCAUGAUCCUGAGAAACCAGGUAUACAGAUAAUCUGGGACAUUCUUCAUUAAUCCUAUAGGAGGUCCUAAAAAGAAAGAAUGCCAUCAAAUCUACAAUGUGGUGAAUAUUUCUGAUAGCUAUGAUGUAGGUAAAAGUUUCCUGUGCAAAAAAAAAAGUUUCUCAUGCAAAAUUGUCUAGAGGAAACCAACAUAAACUAACAAAAUUGCUUUACAGGUAUGGGGGGAAAGGUGACAAGAGUCAAGAAAGUAAAAGGCAAAACGGUGCUUACGAGAUUACAUUGCCUCUUAUUAUAAAACAUAGUAUCUAUACCUAAAUAUUUAGUAUUCAAAACUGGCUCAGAAAAUGGGAAUGUAAAUUCAUUCCAUCAAGCUUACCAUAUGGCAAUUAUUCACUCAUUCACACUUACUCAACUGAGAAAAGACCAAGAGAAAUUUUAACCUUAAAAUUUACAUAAAUAGUUCUAAUUCCAGUGGGUCUUUAGAAGGAGGAGGUAAAAUAGAUAAUCCCAACUGUUGACUAUCUUCUGUGUUCAUCCAUUAUUUAGAUUAUAAAAGACACAAAAGUUUUAUAUACCAUUUUAUUUCAGUUAUUAUGUAGUUUAAUAUUUCUUUUCUCAAUCAGAGAAAAAUUACUUGAGUGGCUAAAAAUAAAAAAUCCUGAUAAGACCAUUCUUUAUGGUAAUUAAUAUCUUUUGCAUGACAUCUCAGAGUAUUUGCUUCUUUGACUUCAUAUGAAUUGUAAAAAUAUGUGAAGAAACAUAUAUUAAAAUUUUAAAACUAAAACAUCAUUUUACUUAUGGAAAAGUUUGA